AUGAUUUAUUCAGAAAAUACCAUUAGAUAAACAAAAUUUGUUUAUCAUUAAGAUUAAUGGGGCAUCCUCUAGUUAAAGAUGGACACAAAAACAACAAAAUAAUAUGGGGAAUUUGGCAUUUACAAACCAAUGAUAAAAUAUUAUCGUGCGACCAAUACCCAGUCUGACCUUUUAUGAGUUUUAUCUAUCAUCAUCAACCAGCAAUCACCCAAAAAAUAUUAAAAAUAAAAUAAAAAACAUGAAGACUGAAGUCAAUUCAUGUGAAUGAAUGACUAAUGUAUUGAUAUCAUUUGUCAAAUUCUUCUUAAACCCCCUUUUUUUUUUUUUUUUUAACACUUCUAGGCGGCGCUUACUCAAUUUAAGGAUCCAUCUUCUAUUUAAAUGGCCAAAUCCCCAUUUUCUGGCCAUUUUCACUCUAUUCUACUCUGUUUUUCUCUCUCUUUUUUGCUUCUUCUUUUUAACAAUGUCGAUUUUUGAUACCCAAAUUCCGCAACCAAUACCCCUUUCUUCCUCCAUUGUUGUUGAUUCUGAUUCCAACGGUCACCUUCCUAUCUCUACCCUCAUUGUUAAGUCAAGUCGAUGGCGUACAAUAUUUCUUGCAUACAAGACACUAGGAGUGGUUUUUGGAGGGCUCGUGACAUCCCCACUUUAUGUGUAUCCUUCAAUGCCCUUGAAGUCUCCCACUGAAGAAGACUACUUGGGAAUUUAUUGUAUUAUGUUUUGGACUCUUAGCCUCAUUGGGGUUGUCAAGUACGCGUGCAUUGCACUCAAAGCUGAUGAUCAAGGGGAAGGUGGGACAUUUGCUCUGUAUUCGUUACUUAGUAGGCACAUGAAAAUUGGGUUUCUUUCCGUGAGAGAUGUGGAUUUCUCUGGAGUUACAAAUUCUACUCAUGAGGGUCAGGAAAAGCAGAGUAGGCUUGGCAAGAUUUUUAAGAAUAGUGUGGUGGCUAGAAGGGUAUUACUCUUUAUCUCAAUUCUGGGCAUGUGCAUGUUAAUUGGUGAUGGCAUACUUACUCCUGCAAUCUCAGUGUUGUCUGCAAUUGAUGGCAUCAGAGCUCCUUUUCCUAAAGUAAGCAAAUCUGCAGUUGAAGCUCUUUCAGCUACAAUUAUCAUACUUUUGUUUCUGCUACAAAAGUUUGGUACUUCACGUGUGAGCUUCCUAUUCUCCCCUGUAAUGGGUCUGUGGACCUUGACUACGCCUCUGGUUGGGAUUUGCAGCAUCAUAAGGCACUACCCUGGCAUAUUCAAGGCUAUAUCACCACAUUACAUAGUCAUGUACUUUUUGAAAAAUGGGAAAGAAGGUUGGCUGUCUCUUGGAGGCACAAUUCUCUGCAUUACAGGUUCUGAAGCCUUAUUUGCUGAUCUAGGUCAUUUUAGCAGAGGUUCCAUCCAGCUUGCAUUUCUGUGUACGAUAUACCCGUCUCUUGUUUUCACAUAUGCAGGGCAGACAGCUUAUCUCAUCAGACACCCCAAUGAUCAUGAAGAUGGAUUCUAUAAAUUCAUACCAACUCAAGUCUAUUGGCCUAUGUUUGUUGUUGCCACACUAGCAGCUGUGGUUGCUAGUCAAUCAUUAAUUUCAGCCACCUUUUCACUUGUCAAGCAAUCUGUUGUGCUGGAUUAUUUUCCUCGGGUCAAAGUGGUGCACACUUCCUGUAGCAAAGAAGGCGAGGUUUACUCCCCAGAAAUCAAUUACAUACUCAUGAUUCUCUGUGUUGCUGUCAUACUUAUCUUUGGAGACGGGAAAGACAUUGGAAAUGCCUUUGGUGUUGUUGUCAGCAUGGUCAUGCUUAUAACUACCAUACUUCUGACUCUGGUCAUGACUGUAAUCUGGAGAACCUCACCAAUAUUAGUGUUCCUUUUCUGCUUUACCUUUAUAACAAUGGAAGGCAUAUAUGUCAGUGCUGUAUUGACCAAAAUUCCGGAAGGUGGAUGGAUCCCUUUUGCCAUUUCUAUCAUCCUUGCAAUCAUUAUGUUUGGCUGGUACUAUGGACGGGAAAGAAAGAUAGGCUAUGAGUUGACGCACAAGAUAGACGUUGAUAGACUCCGAGUACUAUUGUCUGAUCCUGGUGUCCAAAGGGUACCUGGAAUUUGCUUCUUUUACUCCAACAUUCAAGAUGGUUUAACUCCUGUCCUUGGACAUUACAUCAAAAACAUGAAAUCUCUUCACAAGGUCACAAUCUUCACGACCCUUCGAUACCUGUUGGUCCCAAAGGUUGCACCACAGGAGAGGAUUAUUAUCAGCAAAUUCGGCCUGCAAGGAAUAUAUGGGUGCGUAAUUCAGUAUGGUUAUGCAGAUUAUCUGCAUCUUGAAGGUGGAAACCUUGUUAAUCAAGUUAUAACAUGCUUACAGCAAUAUAUUACACAUUGCUCAGGGCCUUUGUCAUCUGAUCAAGCGGGUAUUCAAGAAGAGCUUUCCAACUUGGCAGAAGCCUUGAGUGUUGGUGUUGUGCAUGUUCGAGGGAAAACAAGGUUUCAUGUUGGUAAGAAUUGUAGCUGGUUUGACAGAAUUAUGCUUGCAUUUUAUGAAGUAAUGCACAGCAAUUGUCGAUCCUCUCUGCCUACAUUAGGAGUACCACUUCCCCAGCGCAUGGAAGUUGGUAUGCUUUACGAGGCUUGAAAUCAGGGGAAGCCAACAGAAUACUGAUACUUUAGAGGGCAUUUGCAUAACUAAUGACAGGAUAUAGUUUAAAGAUAUAGCGAGUUCUUACAGCUCUCUUUAUUGUUUUCUCUAUUCUGAAUGUGAAUACAUUGACUACUGAGAUAUAGAAAUCACACCGUCAGCUUAGGUUUUAGAUUGAACCGAUUAUAAACCGAAAUGCAACGUAUAGAAAAGGAAGCUUGCAUAAUGGUGCAUUGCUUGAUGAUUCAUGUAUUGUAUUAUUAACAGUAUGGAAAUGAAAUAAACGGACAUGCCUUAGUUCAGAAUUCA